UGACAACUUGACUAUGUUUUGAGGCGUAUGGGUAUUCACCUGUGGCGAUAGUCCAUCUGAUCCUGGCACAUGCUCCACAAAGAAAUUAAUGAUGUACAACGCCCCCAAAAAAAGCCGAUUGAGAAACCCACAUUGUUCACCCACCUGGUACAUUCAUGAACAUAACACUGCCGGCGAUAAGUAUAUUCCAUUGGAACCGACAUUGAAAACCCACAUGCACCACAGUAACUCCGCCAUGUCAUCCCGCGGUACAGUCGUCCCUCCAGAAGGCAGCUUUCUGUCGUCAACAAACGGCCUUCCUGCCGACGAACAUAAACAUGCCCAACACCGACACAAGGUAUCGGAACUGUACCGAAGCUCUGGUACAGCGAGCCUAGACGUCAAUCUGUCCGUUCCCAGUCGCUCCUCCUGCUCAACUACUCCAUCCAUCCCGCGUCGAUCUACACACAGCACAAUUGACACAAAAUCCAGCACUAGGCUCCAACGCACACAGGACCAACGGGUGAGUGGUUCGCAGGUGGCGUAUGCGACGAGGAAGGCUCUGAGUACUUCAUUUGACUUUACUGAUGGGUCUUGUGAUGAAAGAGAAGUACCGCAGGAACGUGUUUUGAAUUCACGCGACCGCAGUCUAGCUGGGUCCACCGUUGAAAUGCUCAUGCAAAGCUCCCAGGAUCAUAGAGACUCGGGGUAUGUCUCGAACUGCAAUGAUGCAUAUUCUGAGCGUUCGUGUGACCCCUCGGACGACUACGGUAGGCCACGCAUCAUCCACGACCUGCUCGAUCGGGGGCACGAUGGUGUCGUGGAUAUGGUGCAACAUGUGAAGGCAUAUCGAGAUGCGUACGGCCCCCACUCCCACCGUAAACCACCAGUGUAUUAUGAGACUGGGGACGAGAAACGCAAGCCAGUUGCGCUAAUGACGGCAGCUGUCACGCCUUGUCAGAGUAGAUUUAGCUGGGAUGACGAUUCUGGUUGA